UAUUGACAAUUUUGACAUUUCAUACUAACCUAUAGAAAUAUUACCAUACAUAUAAACAAAACGCUUACAUCUUAUAAUUUAUAUUUGUGAUUUUUAUAAACUAUUUAUGAUACCUAUUAAGUAAAUAUGCCACCGAAACAAGUAAAGAAAACCUUGUGGGUUGACUGUGAACGUUGUGGAUGUUGCAUAACCUCAAACGACAAAAACGCGCAUGUAAAUUUAAAUUGCGAAAAAGAUCAAUUAAAAUGUCCAUAUAUAGAAGAAAAAAAGUUACACUCGUGGCUAGUAAGAGGCGGGCCUCUACAGGAGGGUGUGCCGAGGAGUUCUGUAAUGAUACACCCUUCGGCUGGUUCAUUGAUUGGUGCUGUAAUUGGUGGCGCUCUCCAGCUCAGCAGGGAGGGCGCGCCGACCCUCGUGAAGCGGAUGUGGCCGUCUAAGACUGCAGCUCCGGCUGCUGUUAUUUUACCAGCUGCAGAUUUAACUGGUGCUUGGUGUAGUGAUAGCAAAAAAGUCACUGUUUCAGUUGUAGAGGGGACAAUUCCUGAAGCAACACGAGUUGUAAUUAAAAUCAAGAAUUAUAAAUUAGAAACUGACAUUUGUGAUAUUUUAAAACAACAUUUUCUCAAUAAUUUUGUUAGUAUUGGUACUGUUUUGGUUUAUUAUUACUUUGGUAAGAAAUUAGAGAUUGAAGUGAUUGAUGUAAGAUCUGAGAAAGUGGACGGAAUGAAUGAGACAUGGUGUACUUUAUGUGAAAGUACUGUGUGGACUAUAGAGAAAGAUGCCACUCAAAAGGUUAAAAAGAAACCAGUAUCUUUAGGAGGUGUAAAUGAUAUUUUAGACGAAAUACAAACAUUUGUGAAUAUUUCAUUUAACAAAGACGGCUUGACUGCCAACUUCCAACCCACAAGAGGUUUGCUCAUACAUGGUCACUCUGGAAUAGGGAAAACUGCAAUUUGUAAAUAUUUAAUAGACAAUUUGAAUUGCUAUCACAUUGAAGUUAAUGGUCCCAGUAUAUUCAGUAAAUACUUUGGUGAAACAGAAGCCACAAUGAAAGGAUUAUUUACAAAGGCCAUAGAAAAUGAGCCUAGUAUAAUUUUAGUAGAUGAAAUCGAAACUAUAUGCCCUAGAAGAUCUUCAGGUAGUACAGAGCAGGAGAGAAGAAUUACAUCAGCCUUUGUAGCCCUCCUUGACAGUUUGCACGAAGAAAACAAUAGGGUCUUUGUUCUAGCAACCACUAGAAAACCUGAUGCUAUAGAUCCAAUGUUGAGGAGAUUUGGAAGAUUAGAUAAAGAAAUAGAAGUACCCAUACCAGACAGAAUUAGAAGAAAAGAGAUUCUAUAUAGUUUAUUGAAGAAUCUUCCCAAUAGAAUUUCUUCACAGGAUAUAGAUGCUAUAGCAGAUUUAGCACAUGGCUAUGUUGCAGCAGAUCUCGUAAACCUUUGCACCCAAGCAUCAAUGAAGUGUAUAAAACAAUCUCGUGAUGCCAUUGAACAUGAAGACUUAAUGGCCGCAUUAACUGUAGUCCGACCUAGUGCUAUGAGAGAACUGUUAAUAGAAAUCCCUAAUGUCAGAUGGUCAGAUAUUGGUGGUAUGGAUAACUUGAAGUUGAAACUCCGCCAAGCUGUCGAAUGGCCUCUUAAACACUCCGCUAGUUUCAAACGGUUAGGCGUAAAGCCUCUAAGUGGCGUGCUGCUCUAUGGCCCUCCUGGCUGCUCCAAAACCAUGAUAGCCAAAGCACUAGCUACUGAAAGCGGUCUUAAUUUCUUGUCAAUCAAAGGCCCUGAAUUAUUUUCAAAGUGGGUAGGCGAGUCUGAACGUGCUGUUCGAGACUUGUUUACAAAAGCUCGUCAAGUAGCACCAUCAAUUAUAUUCUUCGAUGAGAUGGAUGCGAUCGGCGGGGAGAGAGGGGUGGGGGAAGCUGGGGUCCACGAGCGUGUAUUGGCGCAACUUUUAACAGAAUUGGAUGGGGUUGUACCUCUAAAUUCAGUAACAAUAUUGGCAGCUACAAACCGUCCUGAUAAAAUGGAUCGCGCAUUAUUGAGACCUGGUCGUCUGGAUAGACUGAUAUAUGUUCCUUUACCAGAUUAUGAAACACGAUUGCAGAUUUUAGAAUUGAAGCUUGCUACAAUGAGUACAAGUGAAGAUGUGAAUCCACACAAUCUGGCAACAGUUACCGAUGGUUUCUCAGGUGCUGAGUUGCAGGCUGUAUGUCACGAGGCCGCUUUGCAAGCUUUAGAAAAAGAUCUAGAUUGCCGAGCUGUUACAAUGGAGCAUUUUUUUAGUGUUUUGAGAGAGUUUAGCCCAAGAACACCAAAGUCACUAUUGAAAGUUUACGAAGAAUUUGCUUUGGGACAGAAAUCUGGAUAACACAUUUUUUUAUCACACAAGUAAGUAUAUUUACUCGUAUAAGAUACUCUACUGUCACAUAUUAUAGUAAUAUUUAUUUAACAAUUAAUUAACUACUCAUGCAUUUUGAAUUUAUAAUUGUAUAGUUUAACAAUAUCUUGUACAGUUUAAAAAAUAACCGAAUCAGAUAAAUUUUUUGUUUCUACCCUGUAUACCCUACAUUUUAAACCGAUUCCUAUUUACAUUAAAAUGUACAUAAUAAUACAUAUAAUUGACAAUGUAAUAUAAUAUAUUCUAACUACAAUUAUUGUACGUAUGUUGUUUAUAUAAAGAAAAGUGCCUUGUAUUUUAUUUCAUAGUUUAUUCAAUUGUAAGAAAUCUUAAACUCUAAUAAUGUAUAUAAAUUAACUAUUCUAGUCUUUAUUUUUUUAAAUACACAUGUAACUAAAACAGGUUUUGCACACGAUCAGGAAAUAUCAAACCGAUACAGUCACAAUGAUUAUAUGAAAUUAAAACAAUCCUAUACAAAAAAAAAUGGGCAGCAUGGCAUUUUGUAGAUUAUAAAAUACAGCUGGUGGGGUGUUGGUAACAAAACUGUGUAUUAUUAAUUAAUAUUGUUUAAUAACAUAGAUUUGUCAAAAUUCUAUCGCCAGUGAGUCGAACAAAAAACAUUUAAGUAAACGAUUGAGAAAUUGCUUCUCUUGCAUAAUUUGCAAAUAAAAGUUGAAAUAAUUAUUUGUGUUCAUAAAGAUAAUACCAGAAAGUAUAUACUGUUAAAGUCUAUGAAAGGUAGUCCUGUUAUUAUGUAUAUUUGGUGAUACAAUCCAAUAUAAAAUAAUAUUUUAUUAAAUUAAAUAUUCACAUUUCCUUUUAAAGUAAGUAAUAAUAAAAAUUUGUUAUAAAAAUUUUGUAUCUUUACAAUAUUAAAUGCAGCUUUGUCGAGAAAAGAGAAUAAAUAACAUAAAAAAGUUGCUAUUAUACAAAUAGCAUAUUUUCUAAUAUUUAUUAGAUGGACAAGAGAUUUACUGAAUUUGCGUGAAUUUACUGGGUACGGAGGAAUAACAGCCGAGUCCUCAGGAAUGGCAACGCAUGGGGUGUAUCAUGGGCGAAACAGUAUACUCUGUUAUGUCCAUGGUACUGCUCAUGUCUAUAGGCGACGGUUACCACUUUCCAUCAGGUGGGCCGUCAGCUUGUUUGCCAUUCUAAGUUGCAUAAAUAAAAUUACAUUGGAAGAAAAGGAACCGACGUCAGUUGAAUUGUCUUUUAUUACAUUUAGUGAUGCUUUAAUUCUGUUUUUGGUUUGAUGUUUAUGUACUCCUCAAGUCCAUGAGUGGUUACUAUCACUUAUAUGCUUAUUUGUAACAUAUCUUAUUACACAGAUCUUUUUUUAGGAUUUCAUCAUGACUAUUAAUUUGUGGCUAAUGAAAUAGAUACAAA